UCGGCGAGGCCAUGGCGCGGCGCGGCGGCUACCGCAGCGCCUUCUCCUGCUUCGUGCACGACCAGCUGCCCGAGCUGGAGCGGCGCGGGCUGCCCGUGGCCCGUGUGGCGGACGCCGUCCCCUACUGCUCGCAGGCGUGGGAGUCCCUGACAGAGGAAGAGAAGACGGUGUAUACAGAGAAGGCACGUAAAUGGAAUAGCAAGAAGCACUCUCAGAAGGCCGUAAAGGAGACUUGUAACGUGCCUGAUCCAGUUCCUGCUCCUCUGCCCACAAAGAUGCCCAGUGUUACUCCUUUGCCAGAUGCCUCUGCUCUGUCUUGGAAGAAUGAUCAGGAUAUGGUUGCAGACAUCUUCUACUUCCUGGACAUUUACAGCUACGGGAAGCUGCCACCGCACUGCGAGCAGCGCUUCCUUCCCUGUGAGAUUGGGUGUGUCAGGUACUCCCUGCAAGAUGGCAUCGUGGCUGAUUUCCACCACUUCAUAGAUCCAGAAGUACCACCGCGUGGUUUUCGGUACCACUGCCAGGCUGCUGGUGAUGAAACCCAUAAGAUCCCAAUAUCUGGAUUUCACCUUCCUCGUUCUUGUUAUGCAGUUGUGCUUCGGGAACUUGUUGAGUUUGCCCAGCCAGCCAGAGGUGCUCAGCCUCGCUUCUUCUGCAGGUCUAAUGACAGAUUCCGAAUUAACUGGUGUCUUGGUCGAAUGGCCAGCAUAACAGGCAUUGAGAGCCACUGGGAGCUGUUUGCAGUAGAAGACCUGAUAAUGAAACUGUACCAGAAGAAACACCAAAAGGAGCCAUCCAAGAUCUGGGUGUCUAGAAAACUGGAUGUCUGCCUGUGGGAUUUCUCCAGUAAUACCAGGUGCAAGUGGCAUGAGGAGAAUGAUAUAAUCUGCUGUGCUCUGGCAUCCUGUAAGAAAGUGGGUUACUGCAUCAGUAAAUCCUUUGCUAGUGUGUAUGGAGUCCCACUAACAGCAGCUCACCUCCCUCUGCAAGACUCUGAUUGUGAUCAAAGCACAACCACCAGGAUUGUAAAAGUGGAUGCUGGACAUACCCAGAAAAUGAAAGCUGAGAGUUCUGGAUACAACAAACCUAUGGGUUCUCCAAGACAGGAUCAAGAGUUUGUCGCUUCUAAUUGUGAUUCUCCAUGUGGUGUGAAGACCUCCUCUUGUGGAGCAAGUGUUGUACAAGGAAGAGGAGUUAUUCGAUUGCUGAGAAGUGCAUCUGAUCUAUCCAAGUCUUUCAGUAUUUGAAAAUCUCUUUCACAUCCAGGACAGCUGUAAAUUCUAAUUUUCUUUGUUUCCCUAAGAUAAACUGCACUCUGGAGAAACUACUAGUUUUCAUCUUCUGUGCAAACCUUGACAGUUGAAGUUCUUGUUAGAAUGAUAAAACUAUUGAGUGGAUUUAAAGAAUCUUGUUCAUUAUCUACAGGAAGACUUACUUUGAAGGGACCUGACAGUCACAUCUUUAAAACUGCAUGCUGUACUGCUUGUAUUUCUUAAUGAAUAGAGUGCAAAUUCAAGAUUGAUUAAUCAAUAUAAUUGAAUUAGAAGAAUUUUUCAGUGACCAGAGUGUAAACAAUUUAAACUUUUUGCUUCAUUUCUUUUUUCAAUAGCCUUCCCAUCUCCUGCAUGUGGAAGAUGGAAUUUCAAUGUGUAACAGUCUUGCUUCAAAAACUGAUACAGGGGAGAAAGCAUUGAAGGUGUGAAGGGCUGCCCUAGGGGAAUUAAUUUAAAGUCAGGAGUCCCAAAAGUUUGCUGUAAUAUAUCAGUUUUAGCCAUGAAAAAUUUGAGUGGUCUUUCAAGGCAAAAAACCAGAUUUUAUAUAAAAUGUCUUGAAAGAAAUACUGUGGCAAAUUUAUCUGUUAAUAUUCUUAGAGGGACAGGCUGUAUUAUAUACAUCAGGGACAAGUACAGCAUAGAUUUUUUUUUUUUUAAUUUGCAUCAGUUUGCUUUUCAAGAAAUGCAUGUCCCUCAAACUUAGAGACUGAAGAAAAGUGUUAUGGGGCUGGUUUGUUAGGUUUUUUGUUUGUUUUUGGGUGUUUUUUUUUUUUGAAAGAGUAUCAAAUUCAAACUGAUGUAUUUCACAGGAGUUUAGUCAGGCUGGGUAGAUACCAGUCAUAAUUAUUUAGGGGCAUAAAAAAAAGUGGGACACUGUCUUGACAUUUUCUAGGGAAGUGAGAUGUUCCUUUUAUGGAGCCAGUGCUUGGAGUAAUCCCCAAAAAGUUGUCUGUCUGUGCAUUGUGCUUAGUCCAUGUGUCUUCUAAGCAAGUGAUUCUGAGAAAUAAGAGCUUAUUUUGUUAAGUUGUUCCUAGAUUUUGUACAAACAGAUGUCCAGUUUUGAAAUACUAUUUCCAUAGCAACUAACUGUGUGAAGAUUUCAUUCCUUGUAGGUACUGAAACUCAAGAUGAGGUGGCUCGUUCCCUUCAAUAAGGAAAAAAACCAACAAAACAAAUGCAAGCAAAACCCAAAAUGCAGUCCAAAAAAGAGGUUUAUUUGAGCAUGCUGAUCAGUGU